CGUACACGUUGUAAUAAGCAAUGAGUUUAUGUGUAGGAUAACGACCAUUCUGGUUCAUUAGAACAAUCUUUCAACAGUGUCAGGUCACGAAAUCGUAAAAAUCGUUACUGUAACCUGUUAUUCUACCGACAACAGUAUUUUUAAUGGUGCUACUCUGCUGAAGGCAAUAAAACAUGAUGUAUCUACCGCUGAUUGUAGGAUUUUCCUUGGUUGCUUUCGGAUAUUCUCAAGACCUUCAGAUUCAACAAUCAGCAACAACAAAUGCAUACAAAGCAACCACAGACUCAGACCAAUCAUCCUCGUCCUGGAGCGGCACCCUGACCGCCGCCGCUGGCUCGAACGGAGUCCCCGCGUACCCGACGACCAGCCACGCCCCUUCUGCCCCCACCACAGUAUCCGCCGAGCCCGCCUACCGGCGUGCGCUGCGCUGGUUGGUCACUCAGCGUGAAGCCGAUUGGGGAUGGCGCAACGACACCGCGAAGGCUGUGACAGCGUUACAGUUGGCCAUGGGCGUGCGCGGCGACGAUGCAGAAGGAGCGUUGAUGAGGGAUCCGCUUGAGUUGCAGCUCAGUUUUAAGCAGAUGGAGGUGGAGAUUGUUGUGUUGCUGUGGAGACACCACGAAAUCCCUAUCCAACCUGUGCAGCUAGCCGCGUACUGCCUGGCGUUACUGUCAGGCUGUCAGGAUCCUCGUCAGUUCCAUGGCCACGACCUUGUGGGGGCACUGCAGCAUCGCGAGCCAUCUCACGACCUUGAUUUUGCGCAUGCGCAGUUGGCAGCCUGCAGUGCCAGAGCGCAUGUGCGCAAGAAGCAGAUACGCAGACUAUUGGAUAUCGCCAAUACCGCCAAGGAUCACAAUAUAGAUACAGUAGCGAUGACAAUCUUGGCCCUAAGAUGCAUAGUCAAGGACCACAGACACAGAAACCUGCAACAUUCUUUGCGGCGACCCAGCAUCAGCCUCGCUAAACAACAACAAUCUGAUGGUGGCUUCGGCAACAUCUACAAUACUGCACUAACACUACAAGCCUUACAGGAUUUGUCGGACAUUAAUAAUCAUUGGAACCGAACGGCUGCUAGAAUGUACAUAGAAUCAAGGCAGGACCCGGAUGGUGCUUUUACAGACCCAAAUCUUACAGCAGAAGUCGUUCUGGCAUUGUCUGAAAGGGGUCUGGGUCAUAUCAGGAACUUGGAUUGUGGCAAACGGGAUAAUGAUCUAGAUAACCACGUUGAAAUUGAUGGCCUUACGAAGUCGCUGUCGAGUCACGGUAACGAUUCUGAGAUUCGUAACGUAACAGUGACUUACACUCUUUGGGUGGGUUCCAACAUCACCGAGAAUUCGACUAUCAGCAUCACUGCGCCUAGAAAUACCUCAUUUUACAAUAUUAUGCAGAUGGCUAUGGAAAUGGAUCCUAGGUUCGUUUUCGAGGCAUCAGAAUGGCCAAAUGGUCACUACGUUCACACGUUAGCUGGAUAUAAAGAAGAACCAAUGGGUUAUCACUAUUGGCUGCUUUACAGGCUUCCAGAAAUUCCAGAUCCUAUGUCACCUCCUGCUAAUCAGUUGGUGGCACCAGUAGGUGUGGACGACUUGCUGAUCGAAGAAGGCGACCACUAUCUAUUUUGGUACAAAAAACUUUAAGCACAAACAUCGUAGACGAAAGACAAAUCCAUUAAGAACUUGUAUUUUCGUGAUGUUAUUUUUUCAAAUUCGCAUUCUGUUGACUCUUCAAACCGUUUAUAUGGCUUUUUGAUAAGUGCUUUUUCGGACAGAGCUUAUUUUUCAUAACCGAAGCUUAGCAAAAUGAAAUGUAUACUCCAGAACUGCUAGAUUUCGAGGAUCAUUGUUACUCUUGAUUUAUGUUUUUCAAUCAACUCUGUGUCCUUGUUAUUGUCUGGAGUAGAGCCAAAGUGAAUAAACUUUAAGUAAUAUAUGAAAUGAAUGUAUAGCUAAAUACAUAUAUAAAUAAAAUUUAUGAACGCUUAACUCCAAAAUUCAGAACGCGCAAGUGGCUUAAGAACUAGCUCCAUGAGGUACUUUCGUAAUUGUGAUGUCGAAUUGCUGCGAUUGACUAGUCUAGAGGUACAAAGUACAAGUUUUACCGGAAGUAGAUACCAAUUUGCUAAUUUUUAAUGUAUUUCAUUCAAUUUUUAGAUUCUAGUCGAUUUUAAAUUCAUUUGCAAACAUGUAUAACAAAAAAAUCAAAUGGAUCAAGUCAGCCAAACAGGCACAUAUACAACUAGUCCAUGGUCUACCCUAAAUAUCGACCAUCUGGCAACGCUGUUGGACCACACUAGUAAAACACGUCAUAAGCCACGAUACUGUAACGUGUCUGCCGGCGAUUCUGUCAGACGCAAGGCAGGGUAAGGCUUAUGAAAGUCGCCGUUGCAUCUCAUCGUCCCGACAGACCGCGUGCCACGUCUUUAAAUAUUGUUCCAAGUUAUAAGGACAAAUGUACGGGAAAAUCCUUGAUGUGUACCUUCCCCAACCCCCGAUUUUCAACUCUACAAGUUUUUUUUCCUGAAAAUCAUCAUCUGAAACGUCAAAAAACGAGUUUUUAUUUUUUUCAUGUUUUUGUCCCCAGCUUCGCCGCCACUGGACCGAUUUUGUAAAAAUACAAAGGUUUCUUGUCCUUGGCACAGUAGCAACCUUGUGUGAAAAUGUCAUCCAAUUCGGAGUAGUAUUUUCCAUGCUAGAGGCGAUGCAAAGAUUAUCGGACAGACCGACAGAUUGACGGAAAUGAGUAACAUGGUUUACCGUUCCAUCUUAUGUCAGCACGCGUGGGAAGUAAAAACGAGAAAUGCAGACGAAUGAAUACGGAAUACGCAUGUCAUUCAAAUAUUGUUUAAUUAUUUUUAUUUGCAGUCUAUAUUGUGAUGUCGCCUUCAAACUAGUUUUAUACUUGAACGAGUAUUAAUUUUAAUAAAAAAUGGAGUAAAUACUCUGUAACUUUGAAAUAUCGCAACGCAACGUUGUGUCAGAAGUCACCGUCUGCGACCUGUGACCAGCCAAAUCUUUAUUGAUUGGUCGGUUCGAUUUAAAAGUGCAGGCUUUUGUUUUCACUGUCAUUGCUUGUCAACCUGUCAGCUUAACGAGCCAGUUUUUUAACGUAAUUUGUAGUAAGAAACAUAACCUAAAAAUACUUUGUAGAUAAGUUAUAUAUCAAAAACUCGACAGAAAACUAACCAAAAAUACAAUCAAAUGACAAAUCAUGAGUUAUGACGUCACUUCGAAGCGCGCCAUAAAUUCGGGUGUAAAUCAAAGUCAUUAGCAUCGCUUCCUUAAAUAUCUGAUUGAAAAAAAUACAAACAUUUCCAUGAAUGAAGUAUAUGUUUACGGUGUAAUGCAUAUUCUUUAUCAUAUACAGGGUGUUAGGAAAAUAAUGUUCUUAACUUUAAGAGGUGAUUCCUUGCAUUAUAAAGUUCAUUAUAACUUAUGUCCGAAAAUCAAUCGUUUUCAAGGAAAGUGAGUCGUAGAUAAUUAAAUUUUCUCAAACAUUUGGCAACGCUGCAACACAACCGCGAUACUCAUUCAUCGAAUUAUUCACGUUUGUAUGAUAUUUUUGUUGAAAAUAUGCCUUGAAUUAUCGAAUACUUUUACGCAAUUUUUUGUGGCUAAUAUUUUUUAUGUAAUAACUCUUUCACUACAGUACAUUUACUUAAAAAAAAAUGACAGAACUUACCGGUACGUGGCGAUACACACCACCAAUUCCCACGAUUAUCGGUGACUUAUUUGAAACGAUGCGAUGCAAGAAAAAAGAAAAAAAACAACAUCCGUGAAUCACAUAAAGUUACAGUUAAAUGUAUUAGUAAUCAGAACAACACGCGAUGAUACAUGCAGUGCAGGCGGAGUACGACGUUGCCAGUUGUGUGAGCGAUUUUGUUUGUCUGAUUUUCUGCGGAAAAUUGUAUUUAAUAAGCAAGAAAAUUAUUUUGCUAGAGACAGUUAAUUAAUAAAUAGAUGUAUCGAUACAUUUUACGCUAUUAGGCAUAAGAACUUAAAUUAUUAAUGAAAAGAUAUAAAUUCAGCAUUUUUUGCUACGAAACGGAUGACUUUCGGAUAUAGGUUAUAAUGAACUUUUUUGCUUAGAAUAAUGCAAGGAAUCAUCUCUUAAAGUUACGAGUAUUAUUUCCCUAACACCAUGUAAAUAACAAUUCUUCCUUGAGUUUUUGUCUUUGAUGUAUGAUUUGUAACGGUAGGGAAUCAAAUUUAAUACAUUUUAUUACAGUUUUAGAUUAUAAAUAAAUUUCAAAAAUAAUAUGAAAAUUAAAGUGAUUUUUCAAAUACAAACCACUUUUUUAAAAUCUGAUAGUAUUACGUAUUGCAAAUACGGUUUAUCUUUUCAAGUUGAUAGUUUUCCAUAUAUAUGGCUCCAGUAUUAGAUACGGCUUUUACCAUAACAUAACCUCAGUUGGCAUGGCCGAAAUAGGGUGAACUACUAAAAUAUUAUAUCAUUGCUCUCGCCGCGUCAUGACCAACUGAGAUUAACUGUUUGAAAAAGCCACAUGAAGAAAUGCUAUGUUUGCUAUGAUGGAUAUCAUAUACAGGGUGUUAAUAAAGAAUGCACCAUAAAUUUAACAGACGAUUUUUUUAGUCAUUUUAAGACAAAAAGUUCAAAUAAAAAUAGGUGCGCAAAUUUUUCGUUCUCAAGAUACAGGGUGUUAAAAUUUAAAAAAAAAAUUGUUUCGUAAAUCUCUUAAAUAUCCGCUACCUAAUUUUGUUGUAAUUUGGCGGUGGUAUUUAUAACAUUAAGGAGCCAAUUUAAGGUCUAACUUGAUUAAAUUGAUCAAGUCCAGUGGCGUCUCGAGCGAGAUCUGAACGAAUAUUUGUGUAAAAAAAUGUACGUCACUGACUUUUAUGCAAUUUUUAUUAUGUUGUUAUGUUUUCGAGAGAAAAAAGUCUACUUAAUUGCAUAUCCUUGGACCAUACAAGGAAUAUAGGGUAAAGUUUCUUGUGGAAAUUAUUAUUUUUCUUAUAAUUAUGUAACAACAGCAAAUAAACACUAAAUUAAAUUCUUUACAUGGUCCAGUGAUAUGCAAUUAAGUGUUUUUUUUCUCGAAAACUAAGCAAGAUACGAAAAAAAUUCAGAAUACAAAAAAGUUGUAUUUAUAGUUCAAAGCACAUAAUAAAAAUUCCACAAAAUUACAACAAAAUUAGGUAAAGGAUAUUUAAAAAAUUUACGAAAAAACUUUUUUUAUAAUUUUAACACCCUGUAUCUUGAGAACGAAGAAUUUGCGCCUACGUUUAUAUGAAAUUUUUGUCUUAAAAUUACUGAAAGAAUCGUCCGUUGAAUUUAUGGUACAUGCUUAAUUCACACCGUGUAUCGAGAAAAGUGGUACCAUUAAAUAAAAUGACCACAAACUCAGACUUCCUUAACAGUCUUACGACAACCUUUUGAGUAAUCUAUCGCUGUACUUCUUCGUCGCUAUACUGGAUUUUUUGGAGUAGUAACUAUAAGAACCACACAGCUUCACCAGUCGCCAAGCCAGUUUCUUAUCACACAACAUGUGCUUCGCUAUGCAUACCUUUUACUCAUUUGUCUACCAAAGUGACAGCGUUGUAUCAAAUAAUAAUAAUACUUACCGAUGAAAACGUCUACCUUCAUUUGGUUUAAGCUGUUCUUUGUUAAUUAGCGCGUUUUGGAAUCGUCUAACGCCACAAUUAUCUGCACGCGCUCACACUUUCAAAAAAUAUUACUAAAACUACGAAAUUAUUGACAGAACUGUCAUAAAAUUGACAUAUGUCAAGUGCACUUUGAUCUUCACUACAGACUCUUAGAAUAAGGAGACAAAUCAUUGGUUUAAACUGAAAUCUUCAUCUGAAGAUACUAACAGUUAUCUGAACAUGUGUUGUGUAUUACAAAACAGGUUCGGAGAUCGGUAAAACAGUUUUGGAGUUAAGCGACAAGGUGUUUAUUCAUUGAGAACAGUAUUUAUAUGAUACAGCUUAUUUUACGUGUAGUGAGCUGCAUGUAUAGCCAUACAAGUGAUAAAAAAAUUGUUUUCCAUUGGUUGCUUUUGGUUGUAUAGAUUUUCUGAGCAGCCAGUGAAAGUUUGAACUCCGAUGCUCCAAUAGUCAUGGAAAAAUAUGAAAUAUACAAAUCAUGUAAUUUAUUUAAAAAUUCAAUUCGCACUUUAUCUGAUACUUUUGCUCGCAGUUUCAAAUACGCAACUUUUUCGUUCGCGAUUUUAUGUGGUAGACUAAACAAAUCGUAUGACGCAGUAUUUUCAGAAAGACUAUGUAGUAUGAAGUUUUUGUAAGGAUAGCUGACAACGUAGCUAUAAGAAUCAUAUUCUAUGUAUUUAUACAAUAAUGCAUAAUUUUUAUGAGACAAUACUUUAAAGAUUCUUUUGUAAAUGUCUUUAUAUAAUAUACUAUAUGGCUGUCACCGAUAUAGGCAUUAUAAUCCUUUCGACUGUUAUGAGCUGGAAAGUUGUAAAAAUGUUUAUUUUUGUUAUGUUACUUAGCUUGAGGAUAAUCGUCGUGUAAUAAAGUGUUUUUAAGUUGA